AUGGUACGCAAUCCGAAUCGGGGCAUCCGUGAAUUCAUCUUGGAUUUGCUCACUCAAGCUGCAAAGUGUGAUUUUGGGGAUUUACUGGACAUGCAGUUGAAGAAUCGGCUGAUCGCUGGCAUUAACAAUACCGUUUUGCAAAAUGAACUUCUGAAGCUAUCCAGUCCGACGUUCAAAUAUGGGCGGGCUUAUUGUGAACAAUAUCAGGACAUUCGCGCCGCUACUUGCCGUCUACCAUCGAAUCUACAACCAUGUUCAAUUCACUCAAGACUAAAUCCACGAAAGCUCAUGCUACAACCGGACGUUUCAAACCGGUUGCACAAUCCACCUCACACAAUGUGA